GUUACUUAAACAUGCGCUUACCGUCGCAGAAUGGCGGCCUUUUGAAGAAGGUCCAUCGCAUCGGUUCCGGUUGCAGCUAGUCACUGCCGACCUUCGGUCAGCGUGUGAGGCUUAGACCCAUCCAGCACGGUCUUGGCGUCCGUAUACUUGGGACAUGCUCAUUAACAGGACUAAACGAACGGCAACUCGCUUUGGUCCUGUUCAAGUUUGGUAUCUACAACUUUCUAUGUCAUGAUCGUUCUGUAUGUAUUGAUUGAACAUUUGCCGAAGGUGUUUUUGUCGCCAUCCAAGUUUCAAACCACUGUCCUUACCGUUCGGCGUCAUUCCUUUGUUCGAGAUGCCUGUCACGGUCAAGCCAUCAAACCACGGAUCCAGCUCAUGGACUGGAACCGAAUACAGAAAGACAUGCUCACCGGAAAUGCUCCUCAACUGCACCACAGAUGCUGGCGGCAGAGGUUAUACUAAUGAGACGAAUUCGAGGCAUUCCAGGCCCAAAAGGCUUGUGCAAAGCUCGUUCAAUCAUCUACAGAAGGACGACUUCGUCUUCGCGACCAAAAAUGGAUUUGUCAACGCAUGUAUGGACGCUUACAACCUCCAUCACUGCCUGGUGCUGCGACCUGAGGACGUAUGGUUUGCCAUACUGACGCAGCUCAGCGUUUACGUCAACGCCCAUGCAGACGAGCUACGUCAUACCCUUGUCCAUCACGAGGGUCAGGAGAACUUGAAGAUCAUAGUCGAUGACCUGGAGCGCCUCGAUCACGGCAAAAUUGCAUUUGAGAUGACAAAGCUCAUGCAAGAAAGCAUCAAGGACCUCCAGCUGCGAGAGUGGAUUCUGCCGGCGUUCACGACGACGACCAAGGUCGACCAGACCGUGGCAAGCGUUAUUUUUAUGGGGACCAUGCAGAAGUACUUUACCUACAGCUGGGGCAUCAGAUGCGGCCUGCCAUCUGUGACCCUGCUGGGAGAGAAGAGCGACUGGGUGAGUAUUUAUCAGCGUGCGGAAAAGAUAGCCACGUUCGGAGAGGAACCGCAGAGGUGGCUCAAACUGUUGUGGCCGAUACUUGGAUCCUUCAUAUCAACCUUCCGGGACCCGGAGAGCACAGCGGUGCGGGAUUUCUGGCAGCGGAUAUGCGUCGAGCAUGUGCCGAAUGGGAGCGGAACGACAAUGUAUUCCGGUUGGAUAACAGCGUUUUGCUUCUGGGACGAAAAGGGCGCCUGUUUGCAUAGGCCGAACCGACAAAAUGGGGGGGUCAUGCUGGAUAGGUCGUCAAUCCCGGCGGGAUUCAUCAAGGUCCCCGCUUUGCUAUUCGAGGAUGGCGGCGCCAUGAAGAUACGGACGGAGAUCAUUGCUGGGUCCAUGGCGAUCAGCGCCUCGAGGUCGGAAGGGAGAACGGAGGAGGAUGACAGGAAGGAAUGGUAUCGCGUUGAAAACAAAAAACUAGUUGGUCUGGACACUAUACAACCGGAAACAGGGUGGUUCAUGUACGAAGUUUGAGGAAAUGGAUCCGUUAUUCUGUAUGGCGAGCACAAACCAGCGCUGCUCGAGUGAACGGGGAACGUAACGAGGAACCUUGGGACCUUUGCGUUGUGGUUUGGUCCAACUAAAGACACGCAGCAAGCCUCCCCUCGCAAUAUAGCCAUCAUUGGUACAAGUACCAUACCAAUUCCUCGUGGCUAUUUUCGAUCUAGCUAAGUAGUUAAGUAGCCCCUGUUUUCCUAGUGUAGUAUUAAAGAGUGUAUAAAGGGAGUGUGGGGGUCUCAAGACCGGCUCCAAGGAUAAUUCUUUCUCUGCUAUAUUCACAACUACCGAC